GCAAAAGAAAAAGUUAUGUAUGAAAAAGAAGCAAAACAGCAGGAAGAAAAGAUUGAAAAAAUGAAAGCUGAAGCAUGUGAUGAUUAUGGAAUUAAGAAGCAGAUUGAGAUUUUACAGGAGUCACGAAUGAUGAUUCCAGACUGCCAGCGCAGAUUAGAAGUUGCACAUGCAGAUCUUACUCAACUACUAGAAAAUGAAAAAGAAUUGGAAGAAGCUGAAGAGUAUAAAGAAGCACGUUCCAUACUAGAGUCAGCAAAGCUGGAAGCCUAG